GUGGUGCAAUCACAACGAUUUGGGAUACCUGUGUUUCAUGAUAAAUAUCUCUACAACAAUAAAAAAGAUACAUAAAUGACAACCGUCAAAUUAUAAAAUAAAUAACCAUACUUCUGUACUAUCUUUUGUCAAAUAAAGCAAUCGUUGGUCCUCUUAUAUUCAACAAUUGUAAAAAUCCUGAGUGGCGGUAAAAUGGGUAGCCUGUGGUUACCCCGCGAUUUUACUCAGCGGUGUUUCGCAUCAAGUAGGUUUUGGCGCGAUUUCGAAGAGACCUGUUCGACCUUUGUUUAAGUCUAAAUGGAUGGAUUUUUCAAUCUUACAAAGUCGUAAACAAUGGAUCGGGAUGACGAUGAUGCUGAUACAUCUGAAAGAAAAUCCUUUAAACGUCGGCAUAGCUCUACUACCUCCCAGGAAAAUAACCUCAAAGCUUUCAAAGGAAUCAGUCACAAUGGCCCUACAAAGACUACAUCAACAAAAUCUAAUAACAAACCAUUAAAGCUCGAUAAGUCCAAAAGAGGGAAAACAAGAACUCCUAAGAAAUCAUCCCUCGCCGGUAGUUCAAGCUCAAUAAAGAAUUUCAUAAAUGGAGGAUCGAAAACGAGUAGAACUUUUAAUGGAAGCUCUCUAGAACUAAAACACUGUCCAAAAUGCCAGGUUCCUCAGGCAGGGCUGGUUACUCAGUCUAUUGUUGAUCAUGUGAUGCAAUGUUUAGAGGAGGAGUCAGCAUCAGAUGCCUGCCAAGAGGGUUUGGAUUGCAAAGCUACAAAUUUGUUGCAUUUCAAACAGUAUAAUCAUAGCCUCUUGGCAGUGAGGCGCAGUAAAUCUCCACAAAAGAAAACUCUAGAAAAGAAAGCCAGUACUACCUUGCAAACGUCACAGUUGUCUACUCUCACUGGUGAUGAUAAUGGUGAUAAUGAUGAUAUAGAUGAUGAUUAUGAUAAAGGUGAUGAAGAUGAUAAUGGUGAUGAUAAUGUUAAUGCUGAUAUUGCUGAUCAACGACAGCUCAGAGCUGAUUCAGUUACUUUGACUAAGUUAAAAUUCAAGAAAACAGAUAAAGUUGAAUGUGUUCCAAAAUCAGUAACUCAUCAAUCUUCUAGUAACAUAAAUAUUUUAGCAACAAGUCAGGGCUCAUCAGAUAUAGAUGCCUGGUUUGCUGAAGAUGAUGAGCAGUUUGAAGAGAUAUUAGGCGCACUUGAACCUACUUGCAAUACCUUGUCGCAGGGCACAAACAGUGCCUGUCAGAAAAGAGAUUCCGAGUUUGCUUUGCAUUUGAACUCGCAAAGAAUACAUACUUUUCGAAGCUCUGAACAGCCAAAGUCUAUGAAACAGCAAGACAUAGGUGUUUUCUUUGGUUUGAAACCAAAGACUCUAACCACUGAUGCUAAAAAACAGCUUACUGGUCCAAACAAGUUAGGCUCUCAGGCUAAACAAGGAAAUAACAGCAACACUGCAGACUUUACUCUUAAUGAGCGACAAGCCAGCAGGACUGGGCCAAGAUGUCCAUUCUACAAAAAGAUACCAGAUACACCCUUUGUGGUGGAUGCUUUUCGUUAUGGUUCUAUUCCAGGGAUAAAGAUUUAUUUUCUGAGCCACUUUCAUUACGAUCACUAUGGUGGGCUGAAAAAGGGAUUUUCACACCCCAUCUAUUGUAGCAAGGUAACUGCAAAUCUUGUGGAAUCGAAGAUUAAGGUUUCCCAAAGAUAUAUCAAAGCUCUCCCCAUGGACACUCCAGUAAUCGUGGAUAAAGUUCAAGUCACUUUGUUGGAUGCCAACCAUUGUCCAGGAGCAGUGCUGCUUCUAUUUGAGCUUCCAAAUGGGAAAACAAUCUUGCACACAGGCGAUUUUCGUGCAUCCCGGGAAAUGGAAAGUUACCCUGCACUGGCAAACAAGACCAUUGACACACUCUACCUGGACACAACGUAUUGUGAUCCCCAGUACACAUUUCCAAAGCAGGAAGAGACCAUCAAUUUUGCUGUAACCAAAGCUGCCCAGGCUGUCUCAGAAAACCCCAAGACUUUGAUAGUGUGCGGUACAUACACUAUUGGCAAGGAGAAAGUAUUUCUGGCAAUAGCAAAGGAGCUGGGCUGCAAAGUGACAGUUCAAAGUGACAAAAAGCGAAUACUGGAUAGUCUUGAGUCUGAUUUCAUCCAGUCAGUGAUCACUACCGACAAAUCUGAGGGCAGAAUCCAUGUGCUUCCUAUGGGAAAACUCAACCAUCAGCACUUGUCAUCCUACAUGGACCAGUUCAAGGGGAAGUUUACAAGAGUAGUAGCAUUCAAACCAACGGGAUGGGAACACAAGUCUGGACCUCUUAGUGCAACCAGGCCUGUCACUAAAGGCCCUAUAUCGAUUUAUGGUGUACCGUACAGUGAACACAGCAGCUACGAGGAAAUGAAGCGCUUUGUCCAGUUCACCCGACCUACCAAGAUCGUGCCCACAGUCAAUGUACAUUCGGUCAGCAGUCGCGAGAAAAUGACAAAAAUAUUCAACUCCUGGCUCAAGAGAACCUGACGCGUCAGAAAUCUCUAAGGCCUAAAUUAGAUUAGGUUAGAUGUUCUUUUCUUGUGCUGUUGCGUUGUAACUGCACGAGAAAAAACGGCGCCAAAACUAUAACUGAUUUCCUGCCAACGUAACCGAAAUACAUUUUGUUUGACUUCGUUUCGGGAAGCACCGAGAUUCUCGGGGAGCAAAACUAAUGUUUGAGUAAUUUAUCUAAAUGUAUAACUAUUUUAAUACUGCUUGCUGUAUUAAAAGGAUAAUUCGUAAGAA